GAUACCAUCACUUCUAUUAUCAACCUGUACAACUCCGGAAUUCUUGCACUCUGUGCUACUUGGUACAAGUUUCUUACAUAGAGCAUGUCUGAUAAGGAACUUCCGCCGAAUGAUCAUAAACAGUUUAUCAGAUGAGUUGAUCAACAGUCUGAUUAAGGAAUCAUUGGUAGAGCUACCACUCUGUCCUCAUCAAGUGAAAAAAAAGGAGGCUCAGGAUGAGCCGAUGGAUGAGCUGGAGAAUUUUUUCCCUGAAGCCGGUUAUUCAAACCCCGCAGUCGUUGAUGAGGAUGAGCAGGAGAAUGGAGAGGUAACCUGCUACAACCCAGAAGCCAUCAACCCAAGGCUUCCUUUUAUGAUGGCACCUCCACUUUAUGUGAAAAAAAAGGAGCCCCAGGAUGAGCAGGAGAAUGGAGAGGUAACCUGCUAUAACCAAGAAGCCAUCAACCCAAGGCUUCUUUUUAUAGAGGCACCUCCACUUUAUGUAAAAAAAGAGGAGCCUGAUGAACCUACGGCUGAGUUUAUGGAUAAACAAGAGUUUGACAAUUUGCCAAACCCUAUCGCUCUUAAUGAGAAUGAUGAUGAUACUAUCAUUGUAGAUCCGGAAGAGCUGAUAAGAAAGUCAGAGGAUGCUGACUUCUAUAAUUGCUGGCACGUGGUAAUAAUAAUGUGACAUAUUGGAGAUGCAAGAAUAAAUCGCGUUGUUCCGCGCGUGCAACGACAAUCAGUGAGGGGGGGAUAAUCAAUAUUACUAAAGGUGCCAAAGCAGGUAAUCACAAAGAUGCACCCAACUGGAAAGAGGUUGAUGCCCUAAAAAUAAUUGCCG